UAUUUAAUAAUAAACAUAUCCUCUUUUAUUAUUAAAUAUAACGGUUAUAUAAAAAGCUUAAAAAAGCUUUAUAUUUAAAAAAACGUAAUUUAAAUCUUAUAAACACAUCUCGUCGUCGUAAUAUUAUAAAAUUUCUCCGGCCUUCCUUCAAAAAAAAAUAUCCAAAAGUGAUUCAUCGGCCCGUGGCCCUCCGCAAGCUCCGGGACGGGCCUUCGAAUCACUUUUGGAUAUUUUUUUUUUCAGGAACCGCUGCGCUGGCCGAAGAAAUUUUGCUCGUCCAAUUAAAAGACUAUCUUAGAAAGUCAAAAAGGGGUUAAAAGUCGGCAAUGGGUGACGGAAGGAAGGCGUGACCAUCCGGAGGAUAAGGUUUAGCAAGCUGUGGCAGCAGCAGCCAUGGAGAUGCCCACAUGGCAGUAGCCAUGGAUAGCCACUCCCGUGGCUAUCCACGUCCUGGCCAGGAGACACGUGGCUGGGACAUUCAAUUCUCGGUCCCUCCAACCGACGAGAUCCUUCAAUUCUCGGUCACCUCAGCCGAUGAGACCCUACAGCACAACAGCCAUUCAACAUGGCUGUCCUGGAAACACUAUUCCCCUUAUAUCUUUAUCCCUAUAUAUCAGCAGAGCCGCAAGAGCCUCAACGCACAGGCCAUCGGCAGAGCCUCAGGCAACCCGACACCACCCCGACCACUAACACCACAUGUAUCCCGUUAGGAGGACUGUCUGGCGUUACUUCAAUUAUUGAAGCAGCACGGGUCAGCUUAGAGAUUAGUAUCAGGGAUCAACACACAUGUGUGUAUGUAUUGGACUUGGAUAACGUGGACGUUAUCCUUUCCAUUGAAAGGGGGGUGAUGUCAGGACAUGGCUCGGUGGGUGUCGGACCGGCGCCGGAUAUGCUGAAACAGAUUGGUAUAUGGGUCGGUCGGAUUGAAGAGAGGUAUGGAGAGGUAUCGAUACAGCAAUGGGCAAAAUAGGGAUAUGGUCAAUGAAUAAGGAUAUGGGCAAUGGAUAAGAAUAGGACGGUUGUUGAUUAACCCUUCAACAACCAAAAGCGUUGAAAGAAACGCACGGCUAUGGUUGACAAAGUUUGGGACAGCUGGCAUAAAGGGAUGCAGCCAAUAAAAAGCGUUUGCUUUAAAGGAAUGCAGCCAAUGAAAAGCUUUUAAAAAGAACGCAC